AUGGACAAUCCGCCUUCGCUGAUGCCUUUUCUCAUCAUCAUCAUCAUCACCUUCAUCAGCUUCACCAACCAUCCAACCAUCAACACAUCUGACUCAAACGCUUCCACUCUUACUCUCCAGAUAACAUCAGUCUUCACUCUAUCCAUCAAAAUGCACUCCUCAACUCUCUUCAUCACCCUCACCACCGCCCUCGGCCUCGUCUCCGCCGCUCCCACAGACAAGACCUACAACCCCACAAAAACCUCCGCCGCCCCCCGCACAACUCACACCGUCAUCGCCGGCCGCGGCGGCCGUCUAAUCUUUGACCCCGACAACGUAGUCGCCGAAGUCGGCUCCAUAGUCGAAUUCCACUUCAACCCCCUGAACCACUCCGUCGUCGAGUCCUCCUUUGACACGCCCUGCCAGCCCAAAGACGCCGACUCCUUCUUCAGCGGCUUCUUCCCCGUCCGCGAGGGACAGAGCGACGAGGUGUUCCAGAUUGAGGUCAAGGACACCCGCCCGAUCUGGUUCUACUGCGCUCAAAACAACAACGCUCACUGCCAGUCGGGUAUGACUGGGGUUAUCAACCAGAAUUUUGACCGCCAGGAGUUUUCGCUGAGGGCGCAUAAGGAGUUGGCUGCUGAGGUGGAGGGGCCUAGUGGUGUGCAGGGGGCCAUUCAGGGGGGAUGGAGGAUUCCUAACCCUAACCCGUUGGGGGGCUUUUAG